CUUGGGUGUUCAUCAACAGUGGCCGCCUGCCUGCAUGUUGCAUUUUAGCUCCUCUUUAGAGAGCUUGUUAAGAUGACGUCCCCUUCACACAGCCUCACAGAAAUACAGCGGCGGAUAGAUGAAGUCAAGCGGUUCCUGUCUAACACUCUCAGCAUCGCCAACGCUCACACUGUGGAGUUUUACACUCACGACGUGUGGGAGCGGUUUGUGGCCGUGUCUCCUCACGAAGUACUGACGACGGUAAGAUCAUGCAGUGACCAGCAGAGGGAGCCAGAGCACAAGACAACAGAACAACCCAGCACCACCUUUGGGUUUUGCAGCAGCACGAGUCGACUUGUUGAUACCGAUGAACUGCUGCAGGCGGCCAAGGCUCACUCCCUCCCUGGACUUGGAGUUUGCAUGAGCAGAGAUGAGCUUCUGCAGGCCCUCUGGGGGGACAGGGGAGGGAAAGCUGCUGUGCUGGAGCCGGAUGAGUUUAUGAACUCGAAGAAGUCUCAUGAGGUGCAGUCCAUGUCUGAGGUGGUGGCCUGUCUGGCCCAGCACUGUGGAGUCCAACAGGUGAUAGAUGUCGGCUCGGGGAAGGGCUACCUGAGCUCCUUCCUGUCUCUGCAGUACGGCCUCAGAGUCUACGGCAUCGACUCCUCCAGCACCAACACCCACGGAGCCCAGGAGAGGAACAGGAAGCUGAAGAAGUUCUCCAGGGUGUACCAGAAACACAGCAGGGCCGCGAGGACAUGGGGAGAGGCGUCGAAGUCCCCUCAGGAGGAUGUAAUAAAGAUGAGAGCUGGUGUUAAAGGAGAGGGUGGAGGAGGAACUGUGACAAAAGAGGACGAGGAGGCGGAGGUGUCAAUCAGCUGUCCUGACAUCAGUUCUGCAGUGGAAAGGCAUUCAGAGCCGCAGUCAGAAACAGACGAGCUCUUCCUCAGUGCCCUGUCGGUGGAUUUGGUUAGGACUACACCUACCAGAGUUCCCCCCACCCAGCUGAGCGACGAGGAGAGGGAGCGGAGGAAGAGGGAGAACCUGGAGAGGAAGGCCAAAAACAGAACCGACAGCUCCGUCACCGUUUUUUCUCCCCUCACAUCUUACGUGACGGCGGAAACAGAACUGCGAGAGCUCAUUGACGAGCUGGAGGAUGCGGUCAUGGUCGGCCUGCACACGUGCGGCGACUUGGCUCCCAGCACCCUGAGGAUGUUUGUGGCUAAAGCAGAGCUGGCCGCAGUCUGCAGCGUGGGCUGCUGCUAUCACCUGCUGUCUGAGGAGUUCGACCCCGCCAGACAGGGUGCCGUAACGCUGCAAAAACAGGCUGAAAUCAUCUCGUGUGGUUCUCCUUCCCUGCACACUUUACGAGAAUGUUUGCACAGUGCGUGUGGUUUCCCUCUGAGUCAGUACCUCCGCCACCAGUCCUGGUUCUGCGGCAGAAACGCCAGGAUGUCUGCGUGUUUGGCGCUGGAGAGAGUUUCAGUCGGCCAAGGGAUUCAGAUGGAGUCUCUGUUUUACCGGGCAGUCCUUCAUGUUAUUCUGAGGGAUCACUACAGCUCCUUUAAAAGUGAAAAGCGAGUCGGGAACGUCUACUCCAAGGCUAAAUCCUUCGUGGACUAUGUGCGUCGAGCUCUGCGCAGACUGGAACUGGAUGAAUCAAAGCUUUCUGACAGCAACAUCCAGGAGUACCAUGACACCUACAGGCCAAGAAUGGACGAGAUGCAUGCCUUUAAUAUGUUGAAGGUGGCUUUGGCUCCCUGCAUCGAGGGUCUGAUUCUCCUCGAUCGUCUCUGCUACCUGAAGGAACAGGAGGAUUUGUCAUUCUCAGCACUGGUGCAACUGUUUAAUCCCCUGCUGUCACCGAGAUGUUACGCUGUCGUUGGACUGAAGAGUUAUGAAAGAAAAUGUUCAAGCUAACAAGCUAAGUAUGAUCAACAAUCAUACUUCAAGAACUGUUGUGGUUUUCUUUUACGCUUGUUUUAAUGCUGUGAUUUAUUUAUGCUGUUUCUGUAUUCAGUAUUCAAUAUCUUCAUUUUUUUAUCCUCUAGU